AGAGAGAGAAAGAGAGAGAGCAAGAGAGAGAAAGAAGAGGAAAACAUUACUCUUAACCAAAUUUGACCUGACCUUACCUUCCUUGACCUUGACUAGACACCAUGAGACCUCGCCACCUGCAUGUCACGCUGGCUUUGUCCCUCCUCGUCUCAGUGCAGGGCUACUACUACUACCAGUGCAACGUGCCCCAGAACGCGUGUCCCCCAGGGCCUGCAGGGCCGCCGGGUCCGCGGGGUGAGCCUGGCGUGUCGGGGCCUCUCGGAGUGCCGGGCGUGAGGGGCCCCGAGGGGCUGAAGGGAGAGACGGCGUUCGGCGUGCCAGGCCUCAAUGGCGCCCGUGGCAUGCCCGGUCCUGAUGGCAAGCCCGGCAACCCUGGACCACCGGGACCCCCAGGCAACACUACCUUCUUCUAGGACCACCAACAGGCAGACCAAGGGACGACCACCACGGCAAUGCACACGAGGACCCUGAGAAGACCUGAGGACCCUGAAGACGCGUCACUCUUCCCUUCCCCCUUCCUACCCACCCCUCGUCACCCCCCUGCCUCAAUAAAGACACCUC